AUGUUUCAAGAUGGGUCGAGAUCCUCCGGAGGUGGCGGAGGAAGAGGCCUAGGUUUGUUGCGGUGUUGGCAGAUUCAGAACACCUUAACGACCAUCAAGUUCGUGAUUCUCUGUGGUUUCGUGACCAUCCUCGUCCUACUCGGAACAACCAGCUUCGGUGACUUUGGAAGCUCCAACGCCGAUGAUGCUGAUAACCAGAGCCUCGUCAACGAAACCAACUCGAUUCUCGCCGAGAUUCCAUCUCCUUCGGAUCCGGAAAACGUCAACGAGCCUCCUCCUGAAGUUGAGAUCAACGUCAACGCUACUACCACCUACACUCUCGGCCCCAAGAUCACCGACUGGGACAGUCAACGCAAGGUAUGGCUGAAUCAGAACCCUGAGUUUCCUAGUAUAGUCAAUGGCAAAGCUCGAAUCUUGCUUCUCACCGGGUCUCCUCCUGGACCAUGCGAUAAACCGAUCGGAGACUAUUAUUUAUUGAAAUCCGUGAAGAACAAAAUUGAUUACUGUAGGCUCCACGGGAUAGAGAUUGUGUAUAACAUGGCCCAUUUGGACGAGGAACUUUCAGGGUACUGGACGAAACUGCCUAUGAUUAGGAAAUUAAUGCUGUCACAUCCAGAAGUGGAAUGGAUUUGGUGGAUGGAUAGUGAUGCUUUGUUCACUGAUAUUCUCUUUGAGGUCCCGUUGUCUCGGUACGAGAAGCAUAAUCUGGUGAUUCACGGUUAUCCGGAUUUGCUGUUCAACGAAAAGUCAUGGGUUGCUUUGAACACUGGCGUUUUUCUGUUGAGGAACUGUCAGUGGUCGUUGGAUUUGUUAGACGCUUGGGCUCCGAUGGGACCGAAAGGUCGUGUCCGUGACGAAGCUGGGAAGAUUCUGACGGGUUAUUUGAAAGGAAGGCCGGCUUUUGAAGCGGAUGAUCAAUCGGCGUUGAUAUAUAUUCUGCUUUCGCAGAAGGAGACGUGGAUGGAGAAAGUUUACGUUGAGAAUCAGUACUAUUUGCAUGGUUUUUGGGAAGGUUUGGUUGAUAGAUAUGAGGAGAUGGUGGAGAAGUAUCAUCCGGGUUUGGGAGAUGAGAGAUGGCCCUUUGUGACGCAUUUCGUGGGGUGUAAACCGUGUGGGAGCUACGCUGAUUACGCGGUUGAGAGGUGUUUUAAGAGUAUGGAGAGAGCUUUUAACUUUGCGGAUGAUCAAGUGCUUGAGGUGUAUGGGUUUAGGCAUAGGGGACUGUUGAGCACUAAGGUUAAGAGGAUCAGGAACGAGACGGUUUCUCUUUUGGAGUUUGUAGACAAGUUUGAUAUCCGUAGAAAGCAUGCGGAAACUAAACCAUAG